ACCUUUAAAGAGUAUAUUCUAGCUAGGGUUUCCUUAAGAGUUUUUAAGAUCUACUACCACACUUCAAUGGCUUCCAUCUUCAUGGCCAUGCCAAAGAAACCUGUUCCUACUGUUGUCUCCUCAAACACUCUGAAAAAUAAGCUCGGUCUUCUUAAGAAACCUAACCUCAAACGUCCAGCUUCUUUGGUCUCUCAUCUUAAGAACCCUAACCCCAAACGUUCAGCUUCUUUGGUCUCCAAAUGUUCUUCCCCACUUAACAUGAAAAACAAAAAAGGGUCGUCUUACAUUUGUGGUUCUCUUCGUCCUGCUUUCACUACUGAUGAUCUUCUUAGUUCAGAUUUCUAUGAUUCUGAUAUGGAGGAGAUGGAGCUGUAUGACAAAGAAGAAGAGAAUGCCAUGAUGAAGAGGUGGAGUGCUAAAGAGCUGAAAGAAGGUAUUGAGUUGAAGAUUAACUUUCCUGGGUUUGGAAAGGAUGAUAUCAAAGUCACUGUUGAGGGUACCGCUCUUGUUAUCACUAGUCUUCUGGGUAAAGAAGAAGAAGAUGAAAAGCCUGCUGGAGAUGUUGUUAUUGUUGGUUCAGAUGUUAAUGAAGAUGAUAUGAACAGCACUGGUAUAAUUUUCGAUCUCGAUCUGGAUUAUGAUGACCUCAACUUACAGGAACUGAAAGCUGAGAUGAAGAAUGGUCUUCUUAAGGUCUCUAUUCCUAAGAAGGUUGAGGAGAAGAAUGUCAUCCUGGUAACGGUUGCUGAGUAAUCUAUCUGGUCAGUACUGUUCUAGUAGAAGAAGAAGGCGGUGGUUGUUUGAUGUUGCUUUUACUUUCUGUUGUUUUAUCUUUUUGUUGCAUGAAAUUUCCCUUCCUAGUUUAGUUUCGUUUUAGGGUUCAUGUUUUGUUGGUUUAGUUGUGGUGAUCAUAAGAUUGAUAUAUCAAGGAGUGGGUUCAGUUGUCAUUUGUCAAUGAAUCAUGUACUAGUUAUUUGAUCAAUCUUAAAUCACAAACAGCUGUUUAUGUUAUC